AUGGAGGGUUCUGUAAUUCAAAAGUUUAAACCUUCUUCCAAUUUCUUCAGCUGCGCUAAUUUUCAACACAAGUAUUUAGGCAUUAAAAACAAUUCUCGCAGCAAAACCAGUGAGCUAAACAUACGUUUGCUUUUAGCUGUGUUGAUCAUUGUGGAGUUUGCUUCAGUUUUGAUAAUUGCUAAUUAUACAGAGAGGAUGCCUUUAAUGUUGGAAACAGCAGUGAAGUGGCUGCUUUCUAAGCUUCUUUGUGGCUAUUCUCCUGGUUGUACAGUGCUGAAACACCCCAUAACAGAAUCAUUUUGUCCGCCAUUUGAAUGUUCUUUCAUCCUUCUUUUACAACGACUGCUGGCACUCGGAUUGGGUGAGCAGACGUAUCUCAUCCGGGCAUCUGGAAUAGAGGUUAUGCAGGGGACUUUCAUCUCAUUUGUUCAUUUAACCGUCUUCUUUGCCGAUCCCCUCGGAGCUCGCAGAAAAUCACCCGAACGAGUUCUCGUUAAUAUCAUCUUGCUAACAAUGUCAUCCUCCAAAAUGAGCUUGAAGCUUCUUAUUGAUUCAAAACACAACAAAGUCGUCUUUGCUGAAGCAGGGAAAGACUUUGUCGAUUUCCUCCUUAGCCUGCUUGCUCUGCCUGUGGGUACCGUCAUUCGGCUCCUCACAAAAUCAACCAUGAUUGGCUGCAUAUCAAGUCUUUAUGGGAGCCUCGAAAAGCUGGAUCAAUCGUACCUGCAGCCUGACCAAAACAAGGAUUCCAUUUUGAAACCAACUAUAACAACCCAGGUCACUAAUCCAAAUUUCUUGCUUCCUGACACUAAAAACCCUGAAAACCGGAAGUUAUACUAUUGCCCAAGCCAUCCAGGGUACGUGUCAGAUAUUCAAAACUUUGUUUGUAGUUAUUGCAGAUCACCAGGCUUUGGUACUACUGGUUAUAUGAGUCGAGAAGUCAAGUUUGUUGGCACGAAUGUCUCCGCCUCCACAGAUACACCAGCUAGUGAUCAGGCCGGAGGUUACGUGAAGGGCCUGGUCACUUACAUGGUGACAGAUGAUUUGUCAGUGUCUCCAAUGUCAAUGGUGUCCGUUGUUGGUCUGCUAAACAAGAUCGAAAUCAAGGAUUUUGGUGUGCUCGAGGAGAAGGUUGUUGAAUUUGGGAUCAAUGAGGGUCUUGAGUUGUUGAAAGCUUCUCUCUUGUCAAAGGAUGCUCUCACUGCUGCUUUCCUUCCAAAGCUAAUGCGGAAAACUUCAAGGAUGAAAAUAAGUGGAAAAACCAGAUCACAAGGCUAUGGUACUUAUAUGAGUCAAGAAGUCAAGUUUGUUGGUACAAAUGUCUCCGCCUCCACAGAUACACCAGCUAGUGAUCAGGGAGGUUACGUGAAGGUCCUGGUCACUUGCAUGGUGACAGAUGAUUUGUCAGUGCCUCCAAUGUCAAUGGUGUCCGUUGUUGGUCUGCUAAACAAGAUCGAUAUCAAGGAUUUUAGUGUGCUUGAGGAGGGGAUCAAUGAGGCUAUUGUAUUGUUGAAGGCUUCUCUUUUGUCAAAUGAGGCUCUGACUACUGUUUUCCGGAUAAAGCAGACGAAUCAUUUCCUCUAUAUAUGCAUAUCGAUCAUAACUUCGCCCAUUCAAGUGGUCAAGAAACCUAAAGCCAACUUGGUAGCAAUGCCAUCCUCCAAAAUGAGCUUGAAGCUUCUUAUUGAUUCAAAACACAACAAAGUCGUCUUUGCUGAAGCAGGGAAAGACUUUGUCGAUUUCCUCCUUACCCUGCUUGCUUUGCCUUUGGGUACUGUCAUUCAGCUCCUCACAAAAUCAACCAUGAUUGGCUGCAUAUCAAGUCUUUAUGGGAGCCUUGAAAAGCUGGAUGAAUCGUACCUGCAGCCUAACCAAAACAAGGAUUCCAUUUUGAAACCAACUAUAACAACCCAGGUCACCAAUCCAAAUUUCUUGCUUCCUGACACUAAAAAGCCUGAAAACCGGAAGUUAUACUAUUGCUCAAGCCAUCCAGGGUACGUGUCAGAUAUUCAAAAGUCUGUUUGUAGUCAUUGCAGAUCAGAAGGCUAUGGUUCCCUUUUUAUGAGUAAAGAAGUCAAGUUUGUUGGUAAGAAUGUCUCUGCCUCCACAGAUACACCAGCUAGUACUGAUCAGGCCGGAGGUUACGUGAAGGGCCUGGUCACCUACAUGGUGACAGGUGAUUUGUCCGUCUCUCCAAUGUCAAUGGUGUCUGGUGUUGGUCUGCUAAACAAGUUCGAUAUCAAGGAUUUUGGUGUGCUUGAGGAGAAAGUUGUUGAAUUUGGGAUCAAUGAGGGUCUUGAAUUGUUGAAAGCUUCUCUUCUGUCGAAGGAUGCUCUCUCUGCUGUUUUCCUUCCAAAGCUGAAUUAAGGACAGAGAUGACGAGCCAGUAUAAUCAAAUUAGAAAAAAAGGAGUUGAUGGGCGUUCUUCAAUUUCUAAAUUUACUAUGUCUGUGAGGAGGUAAUUAGAAAAUAAGUUGGAGAACUUUAAUUUUGUUGUUGGACUGCAAUGAUGAUCAUAUGUCUUCCUUUUGAAUAUGCCUGACCUGUUGUUUUGUUUUUCUUUGUUGCUUUAUUAUGCUUUUCUUCUUUCAUUUAUCUUUACUGUUGCUUUUAUAAUGAGAGUGCGAUGGAAUGAAUAGUUUCCCAUCCUCGUCUACAUUUCUUUGUAUUAUACCAAGUCAAGAUUUUUAAUAUUAUAAAUCAGAAAUGGUUAUCUUGACU